CCUCUCUUCUGAUCCCUCUACCACGACCAAAGAAUUCUGAAGGAGCGGGUGUCUAGGGUCGGCACAGCACGAUGUCGACGUGCGCGGCGGACCUGGCGCCGCUGCUGGGGACGGCGGCGACCAAUGCGACGGAGUACCUGUGCAACAGGUUCGCGGAUACCACCUUGGCGGUGGACACCACAUACCUGCUCUUCUCGGCCUACCUGGUCUUCGCCAUGCAGCUCGGCUUCGCCAUGCUCUGCGCGGGCUCCGUGAGGGCGAAGAACACCAUGAACAUCAUGCUCACCAACGUCCUGGACGCCGCUGCCGGGGCCCUCUUCUACUACCUCUUCGGCUUCGCCUUCGCCUUCGGGACGCCCUCCAACGGCUUCAUCGGGAAGCAGUUCUUCGGACUCCAGAACGUACCGGAGGUCGGCUUUGACUACAGCUUCUUCCUCUUCCAGUGGGCCUUCGCAAUUGCCGCCGCCGGCAUUACGUCGGGCUCCAUCGCCGAGAGGACGCAGUUCGUGUCCUAUCUCAUCUACUCGGCGUUCCUCACCGGAUUCGUCUACCCGGUGGUGUCCCACUGGAUCUGGUCCGCCGACGGGUGGGCAUCCGCGACCCGCACCUCCGGCCCGCUGCUCUUCAAGUCCGGCGUCAUCGACUUCGCCGGCUCCGGCGUCGUGCACAUGGUCGGUGGAAUCGCCGGGUUCUGGGGCGCGAUCAUCGAGGGGCCUCGCAUCGGCCGGUUCGACCACGCCGGCCGCUCGGUGGCGCUCAGGGGCCACAGCGCGACACUCGUGGUGCUUGGGACCUUCUUGUUGUGGUUCGGGUGGUUCGGGUUCAACCCAGGGUCCUUCGUCACCAUCCUCAAGUCGUACGGCCCCCCAGGUAGCAUGAACGGGCAGUGGUCGGCCGUGGGCCGCACCGGCGUGACGACGACGCUCGCAGGCAGCGUGGCGGCGCUCACAACGCUUUUCGCGAAGCGCCUCCAGACGGGGCACUGGAACGUGACGGACGUCUGCAACGGCAUGCUCGGCGGGUUCGCGGCCAUCACCGCUGGCUGCAGCGUGGUUGACCCGUGGGCCGCAGUCAUCUGCGGGUUCGUGUCGGCGUGGGUGCUCAUGGGCUUCAACGCUCUCGCCGCUCGAUUCAAGUACGACGACCCUCUCGAGGCGGCGCAGCUCCACGGCGGCUGCGGCGCGUGGGGGAUCAUCUUCACGGCGCUCUUCGCCAAGCAGAAGUACGUGGAGCAGAUCUACGGCGAGGGCAGGCCUUACGGGCUCUUCAUGGGCGGCGGCGGAAGGCUGCUCGCUGCGCACGUCGUGCAGAUCCUGGUCAUCGCCGGGUUCGUCUCCUUCACCAUGGGCCCGCUCUUCUUGGCGCUCGACAAGCUCGGCUUGCUCCGUGUCACGGCCGAACAAGAGACGGCCGGCAUGGACAUGACCAGGCACGGCGGCUCCGCGUACGUCUACCAUGACGACGACGAAACCGACAGGACCGUUCCUCCUGGGUUUAUGCUCAGGUCGGCGCUGGCGCGCUCUCCCGGCGGGGAGGCGGCGGCGGCGUCAAACAACCAGGUGUGACCAACCAAGAGCGACACGUAAGAAAAAAAAAGGAAGGAAUAUGAGUGUUUUCCGCCUUUCUGCGCGCCCUCGCGCGCUUCGUUUGUGAUAUUCCGAUAUUCUUUGCAUUACUGUUGGGGCUGAUGCGCUUUGCUAUUCUGGUGUCGCAAGAUUGUAAAAUUACGCUAGGGCAGGGUUAUUUUUCUGGUGGUUUGAUUUUUUUUCUGGUUCUUUUUUUGUCGGUGUACAAUUUUCUGUUUUCUUUUGUGUGUGUACAAAUGUACAUACGUAUGUAGUGUGGUUGAGGUUUCUCUUUGAAAUAUUGUCAACUUUUUGUGGUGGAAUUUUGUUAUCACUAAGAUUUUGCACUGUGCUCCUGGUAAGGAUGCAAGAAUUGCUGGUUUUUAGUUUAAA